AUGACGCCGACUGUAGAGUGCCCACUCUGUGACCAGGCAUUCCAAAUGCCCUCUGGCGCUGUCUGUGGACGUUGUAGGAAGCUACAAGGCCACGAUCGCAACUCAGAUACAUACCGUCAGAUUAUGUCCUGGCCUCAGUGUGUCGCUUGCGGGGCAUGCUUCCAGAACAUGUCGCUCCCUGUCAAUGGUGUUCAACUUUGCGGGAAGCCUGGAUGCAGAGAUGGAGGCGAGCAGACUGGGCAAUCCCAGAGCCUGACUCCCAUGGGAUCAAACCCCAUUCCUCCGUCGAUCCAUAUCAACAACUCGCUCUCCAAUAAUUCCUUGCUUCGUUCUGAGGAAUUUAGGAAUCGCAUCAGGGCGAGAUCCCGUCCAGAGGUUAUCGUAGCCACUACGCGUCUCAGCUCAGCAGCACUGCACGAGCGGGAGAAUGCCUUAAGACAGGAGAUUGCUGAUGCAGCUUCCGUGUCUAGGGCCCAGAUCACCAUUGUUUAUGCGUUUCGGCAAAGUACAAACUGGAAGCAAGAGGAUGGGACUCUUGGAUCCGGUGAAAUACCAUUUGACGCUCACAAGACCUUGUCUGUGAAAAGGGUUAACGACGAAUGGGGAAAGGAAGGCAAUUUCAAGGCUAUUUAUAUGGAAGAAACUGAUCUUCGUCGAGUAAAGAACAAGCAUAUUCCAGACGGCUGGAUGAGUGCUACCCUUGAGGCCUAUAAGGGCUUCUGUGCGAGUCAGAACUGGCUAGUACCACUCACAGGGCCUACUGCCAGGCGAGCUCGGGUAGGAGGAUUGCCGUCUAUGGGUGUCCCUUUUGAAUUGUUUCUGAAGAUGAACAUGUACUAUGCUCGCCUCGAGCGCGAAGGGUCAGCAGCCAUUUUGGACCAAAUUGGCGUUGGUUCAAGCUCGUUGGUUCGCCCAUCGGCCAACAAGCGGGCUAGAGCAGGGACGAGCUCCAAUGUGAGUCUCAUCUCUAAGAUUCCGCGCUAUUCCUGCGUCCCCGUAUCCUCUUUCUCUGGCGCCCACACUUCAUUCUCUACCAAGAAGCUUGUGACUCGGACGAAAGUUGAGGUACAGAGAAUUACCUGCAAGGUCUUAAAUAACCAGGGCGAUCCAGCGUUUGAGAAGAAAGAGAAGCUCGACCUUUACAUCUCAGACGCUUUUUUUGCCUCUGGCACAAUGAAAGUUGUAUUUGAUGCGUCUAUUCCCGACUACGACUCUCCCCUAAUCGUUAAAAGGUUCUUUAAGAUCGACAAUCUGUCCAGCCCCGAGUUGGACAAAUCAGGAACUCCACCCAAGGCUGAAUUCGACGUUUUGACACACAACUCGCUUAUUCGUGCUGAGGGCGUGCGUGCUGGGCUGGGACAGAGGCUUCUAAACUCAUUCUAUCGGGAUGCGGAGCAAGCCGACGUGAAUGUCUACAAAUACUUCUUCUUCGAGAUCCCUACUUUCUAUCAAGAGAUUUCGAAGCCUUCGCCAGCAUCGGGCGUCGUAUCUGACGAGCUCUUUGGUGUCCCUAGUGAGUCUGAAGUCGAAGAAAAUCUUAUCCUUUGGUGUGGAGAGCGGAAGCACCCUUCUGAAGUGGUGAUUCGCUUCAAUGGCACGCUCAGCCACCCGUCUACCCGGACUGACAUGAAGCAUCUCACCAUGUACGCGUUCUGUCAUUACGUCUAUGGAGUAACGAAGGGUACUCUUGUAUUUGCCGAUAUCCAGGGUACACCUGCAACUUUAACCCAAGGUAAUCAGGACAAGGAUGGUUACCUUUUAUUCGACGUCAUGACCCAUACAGAGCAUAAGGCCUCGGGAAUUGGUGAUUUCGGACAGGAGGGUAUCAAUAGGUUUGUUGAGGAACAUGUCUGCCAGGAGGUCUGUCUCUUGCUGGGCUUUGACAAGCAGUUCCCCCUCGCCCCUGUUGCAUCUGACGAACAGGAAUCCGAGUCCGAAGAGGAGGGAAGCGAUCCGACGAACAGAACUUAG